AUGUCAGAUCAACAAGAGCUCAUCCACGUCGACACCAGCUAUGGCCGACUCGCCCUUCGCUCGGUAGGCUCGGGAGAUGGAACACCGUUACUGCUCGUCCACGGCAACUCCUCAAGCAGCCGUAUCUUCAAACCCGUUUUAGAAAGCAAGAUCCCCUCCACCCGUCGCGUCCUCGCGCUCGAUCUGCCCGGCCAUGGCGAGUCUAGCAACGCCGAAGACCCCGAGCGUACUUACACGAUGCCCGCCUACGCAAAGGCUGCUGUCGAGGUGUUGCAGCAGCUCAACAUCGACGAGGUUGUAUUCGUGGGCUGGUCCCUCGGCGGGCACAUCGGUGUCGAGAUGCUCCCGCUGUUCAAGGGCAUGAAAGGUCUCAUGAUCAUCGGCUCGCUACUUGUCGCGCUCCGCGACGCCCCCCUGGACGACGCGCGGACUAAAUGGAAUAUGCGCGAGGACCUGAGUAAGGAGGACCUCACAAUGUUUGCGAAAGGUGGAACCGGUGGCCCUUUCGAGGAAUGGAUGGCCGAGGCGGCGAUACGUACAGAUCCAAAGUCGCGCAGGGUUUUGUUCUCCAAUCUCGGGUUCGGGGACUGCUCCGACCAGCAGAAGUUGGUUGAGAAUACGAGCGUGCCCACGGCAGUUGUCAUCGGAACCGAUGAGCCGCAUCUCGAUAACUCAAUGAUAAAGUCACUCAAAUACGGCAACCUUUGGAGUGGCAAGUGUGUUGAGAUUGAGGGUGGUCAGCAUUGCCCUCUUUGGGAGAAGCCUGCUGAAUUCAUUCCAAUCCUGGAGAAGUUCUUGGAGGAUGUUGCGAAUUGA